CCCCUGUGAGGCCCCCAGUGUCUCAGCCCCUCCCCACCCCAAGGUGCCCUCAAAGGGCAGUGGGGGAGCUGCACCUGGAGGGACCUGAAGGAGGCAGAGGCAGAGCCUGUGGGUGUUCUCAAGGGUGGACAAGUCUUUCUCACCUCGCAGGAGUGCCUGGAGGAGUGAUGGCCGGAACCAGCGCUUCCCUCAGGCACUAGACUUGCCCCGAGUGGAUUUAGUUCCCAGCCACACUGCUUCUCUCUACCCUAAGAACACUGACCUGUUUGAGAUGAUUGAGAAGAUGCAGGGAAGCAGGAUGGAUGAACAGCGAUGCUCCUUCCCACCACCCCUCAAAACAGAGGAGGACUACAUCCCCUACCCCAGCGUCCAUGAGGUCCUGGGGCGAGAAGGGCCCUUCCCCCUCAUCCUGUUGCCCCAGUUUGGGGGUUACUGGAUCGAAGGCACCAACCAUGAAAUUGCCAGCAUCCCCGAGACAGAGCCGCUGCAGUCCCCCACGGCCAAGGCGAAGCUGGAGUGUGACCCCACAGCCCGCAUCUACCGGAAGCACUUUCUUGGCAAGGAGCAUUUCAACUACUACUCCCUGGAUGCGGCCCUGGGUCACCUUGUAUUCUCCCUCAAGUACGACGUCAUUGGGGACCAGGAGCAUCUGCGUCUGCUGCUCAGGACCAAGUGCCGAACGCACCACGACGUCAUCCCCAUAUCUUGCCUCACCGAGUUCCCCAACGUGGUCCAGAUGGCCAAGCUGGUGUGUGAAGAUGUGAACGUGGAUCGAUUCUACCCUGUGCUCUACCCCAAGGCUUCGCGACUCAUUGUCACCUUUGACGAGCAUGUUAUCAGCAAUAACUUCAAGUUUGGAGUCAUUUAUCAGAAGCUUGGGCAGACCUCUGAGGAGGAGCUCUUCAGCACCACUGAGGAGAGCCCUGCCUUUGCGGAGUUCCUUGAGUUUCUUGGCCAGAAGGUCAAACUUCAGGACUUUAAGGGGUUCCGAGGAGGCCUGGACGUGACCCACGGGCAGACGGGGACGGAGUCUGUGUACUGCAACUUCCGUAACAAGGAGGUCAUGUUUCACGUGUCCACCAAACUGCCCUACACAGAAGGGGAUGCCCAGCAGCUUCAGCGCAAGCGUCACAUUGGGAACGACAUCGUGGCCGUGGUCUUCCAGGACGAGAACACGCCCUUUGUGCCUGACAUGAUCGCCUCCAACUUCCUGCACGCCUACGUGGUGGUGCAGGCCGAGAGCGGGGCCCCUGAGGGCCCCCUCUACAAGGUCUCGGUCACUGCCAGAGACGACGUGCCCUUCUUUGGACCUCCGCUUCCGAACCCUGCUGUGUUUAGGAAGGGGCCUGAGUUCCAGGAAUUCCUGUUGACAAAGCUCAUCAAUGCUGAAUACGCCUGCUACAAGGCCGAGAAGUUUGCCAAACUGGAGGAGCGGACCCGGGCGGCCCUCCUGGAGACUCUGCAUGAGGAGCUGCACGUCCACAGCCAGUCCAUGAUGGGCCUGGGCGACGAGGACAAGAUGGAGAACGGCGGUGGUGGUGGCGGCUUCUUCGAGUCUUUCAAGCGGGUCAUCCGCAGCCGCAGCCAGUCCAUGGACGCCAUGGGACUGAGCAACAAGAAGGCCAGCACCGUGUCCACCAGCCACAGUGGGAGCUUCACACCCAGCAAUCCUGACCUGGCCAAGGCUGCAGGAAUAUCAUUGCUUAUUCCUGGGAAAAGUGCGAGUAGAUUCGGACGCCGGGGCAGUGCCAUAGGCAUAGGAACCGUGGAAGAGUCACUGAUUGUCCCUGGGAAGAGCCCCACGAGGAAGAAGUCGGGCCCCUUUGGCUCCCGCCGCAGCAGUGCCAUUGGAAUUGAGAACAUACAGGAGGUGCAGGAGAAGAGGCCUGGUGGUGAAUCUCCUCACUGCCCCUGUGUACCCUGCAGGGAGAGCCCCCCAGCAGGCCAGAAGACCCCAGAUAAUGGGCACGCUUCCCAGGAGCCCAAGUCAGAAACCUCCUCUGCUCAGAGCUCCCCAGAGAUGCCCACGACCAAGAACAGAGCGGACACAGCUGUCCAGAGAGCAGAGGUGCUGAAGGACGUCUCCCGCUCCUCGUCCAGUGCCAGCAGCUUCACCAGCGUGGUGGAGGAGACGGAGGGUGCGGAUGGGGACGACACAGGCCUGGAGAGCGUCUCAUCCUCAGGGAUGCCCCACAAGCGGGACUCCUUCAUCUACAGCACGUGGCUGGAGGACAGUGUCAGCACCACAAGUGAGGGCAGCUCCCCAGGCCCCUCGAGGUCACCCCACCCAGACUGCAGCAAGUCAGGGGACCCUGCAUGUCCCGAGAUCAAGAUCCAGCUAGAAGCAGAUGAGCAGCACACACCACAGCAGAGCUGUUAGCCAGGCCUCACUCUGAAGGUGAAACUGAGCAGAUGAGACCUCAGAAGCACAAGGUGAAGAUACUGUGUCAAAUCCAGGCAGCCGGGACCUCUGCCCCAAAGCCUCCACCAGCCCCCCGGCCUUCCCCGUGGCCCACCCUCUGGGCUGUCUCUGCAGGGCAGAGCCGUCCAGACCCUGGAGCUGGGAACCUGCUGGCAUCAUCCCCACCCCAGGCUGGGGGUCUGGGCAGGGAAAGGGAGAGGUCAGUGGUCAGUGGACGC